UGGCCGAAGGCGCUAGCAGUCGUCGCCGGCCCCGCUACCAAUUCGCGCUGCCAUGAUAGUCAUCGUCCGUGUCGCAGCGAGUGCAACGUAGCCGUAGUAACGCGUUUAAAGAGCGCCGCUGUCGAGGCCCCAGGACUUGAUGCUCGUACUCGCGUUGCAGUAUCAGGCUGCACCGCGAGAACGUCGACCGAGGCCCGAUCUCGGCUGGACCGUCACGGUGCUGGAGUCGCGGCGAAGCAGCAGCUCCGAUAAGGUCGGCCACCAGGCGUUGCCUUCCUGGACGCGCUGAUCAUCGGCGGGCCGAUCUCGCGGAAACGCGAGCGCGCGUCUCGAGCGAGCGAGCGAGCGAGCGGGCGGGCACGCGUCGUGGGUGCUCGGUGUGAAUGGCGGGUGUUGUGGUGGCGGUGCUGUUGAUGUGACGCGUGUCUCUCGUGCCGUACGCACGGCUGCCUUCGCUGUCAGCUUCGGAGCACGAGGAACGCUCCGAAGAUACACGUCGGAGUACAAUAGACAGCCACGCUCCCGCUCUACCAGGGUUCGGUUCAGUCGAUGCACCUCGUCGAACCCCGUAGGGGACGAUUUCGAGGACAACUCGAUGAAUGCCGCGCCGUCGCCGGUCGAUAGGGUGCACCGGUGCGCUCCGAGGCGAGCCGGGGCUUCGGGAGUUACUACGGACGUACGAGGAGGCUUACUCCGGAACGAAUCGUGACAGACGGCCGCUCUUCGAGUCCUCGUGAGUGUCGGGUGAUCGCGGCGGCGGUGACGAAGCGAUGCGCGCGACUCGGCGCGCCUCGCAUGGCCAAUAAUUCGCGCGCGCCGAUCGCUCGCAGAGUCACACGGCACGCGCUCGCCGCUUGUUUUGACGGACACGGUGCUGUGGUAAAUUAAUUAAUAAUAAUAGAUAUACACAUAUAUGCUACGAGGUGCGAGAAAUCGAGACUGUUCGCGAUUGCGCCGCGUAGGGCCGCGUCCGGCACGUUCGAGCAAUCGAGAAACGAGAUAUCGUAUGUUAUCUCUUUCUCGCGUACGGCUUGGGACGUUUUUAGUUGAGUGAAGAAGAUGUUUAACUUUAUGAAGAAGGCCGCGGAGAAGGACGACAAGGAGAAGCGGAAGCGCGAGAAGAAGGAGCGGAAGGAUGUCAAGAAGCGCGAUCGCAGCAGCAUGUCCGCGGAGGAGCUCCUACGAUUGGAUGAGGUUCGUAGAUCAUUGAAGAUUCCCGGCCGACGAAAGGAGAAAGAAAAGUUACCGAGCGGCAUCACGGCGGAUUACAGCGCGUCGUUUUUCGCGCAUUUGGACCGCGAUCUUCUGGACGGCACGCAGAACGCGGGAUCGGGACCGGGCUCGGCGGUCAACGCCGGUACCAGCAGCUGGACCAACAGAACGCCCGACGGGCUGACGCAGAGCGACUCGUCGGAGACGUCUCUCACCUCCCUGACGACGACCACGACCACGUCGUCGACGACGACGAGCCACGCCGGCGGCCAGGCUGGCGGCAAGUGUUUACCGCCGCUGCCACCGAAACCGCCUAAAAGAGGAAUUCUCAAAGGGCCGCGAUUGAGCGGCGCCUCGAGCGUCCUCUCGGAGGAGAACGCGCUGCCGAACGGCACCGAAACGAGUUACCAGGAGGCCAGCAAUCUGCUGGUGAGAAACACCCUGCAGAACGAAGUAAUUGCCUAUCAAAACGUGCCGACGCAUCUCAAUAACGUUCUGAACAAGGACGAGAUCUAUAGCGAAGAGGAGACGGUGUGUCAAACCACGUGGCGCGUCACCCCGCACCAGCAGACCGUUCAGCAGCAUUAUCAGCAGCAGCAGCAACAACAGCAUCACCAAAUCGACUCCAAACUGCUGCAGGUUGUUACUAGCGCUAGUCCGUCCGCGGAUUCCUUGACGGACACGACAAACUCAAGCUUCGCAACACCGCCGUUCAGCCUGUCGCCUGUCGGCGAGUCGCAGGGCUUCUCGAGGUGGCGAUCUUCGGUCUCCUUCGAAGAACAAGGGAUCGAGCUGCAGCUCCCGGAGAUCGUGCCACUCGAGUUGCCCGAGCCUAGAGAACUCACCAUCCAGAGACAGCCUCCGCCGCGAAACGACUUCGGCUUCUCCCUGCGACGCGCCGUGAUCGUCGAGCGAGCGGCGAACGGCGUCACGCAGAUGAGACCGGUGAUUUUUGCCGAACCCGGUGCUUUGGUGCAACACAACAACGACACGGGUCUGUUGCCCGGUGACAGACUGAUCGAGGUCAAUGGGAUCAACGUGGAUGACAAGUCGCGCGAAGAGAUCAUCGAUCUCAUCAAGAGCUCCGCCAGCAGCGUCACCGUAAAGGUGCAACCGGUCGCCGAGCUGUCGGAGUUAUCGAGACGCGGCGGUUGUGACGGGCGUCAAGUCGAAUUGGCACCUGCGAAUAUCCGCGGCGGCACGCUUCGUCGAUCCGGCAGUUUGCGGUUUCAUCAAAAUACAGCGCGAUCAGAAGAGCAUUUGGCGCAAGAACAAGCAUGGCUAACUUCCGAGAAGAUCUGGUUAUUGCACCGCGGUGGCUUCACUCCCGCCACAAGAUGCGGUUCCGCCGAUCCCGACACAGGAAAGCUGAGGAUCCGAUUGACCACUUCUGGAGAGGAAUUGCUCGUCGACGAGGAAGACGUGGAGAAGGCCAAUCCACCGCAAUUCGAUAAAGCCGAAGAGCUCUCUCAGCUACGAUUCCUCAAUGAAUCGUCCGUUCUUCAUACAUUGAGGCAACGCUACGCCAGUAACUUGAUACACACGUAUGCAGGAGACAGCAUGAUCGUUAUCAAUCCAGUUGCACCAUUGGCAAUUUAUUCUGAAAAGGUCGCGCAUAUGUUCCGAGGUUGCAAGAGCGAGGACAUGCCGCCGCAUAUUUACGCCAUAGCGCAGUCGGCUUACAGAGGAAUGCUGGCGACACGCAGGGACCAUUCCCUGGUUUUCCUCGGGCGUAGCGGAGCGGGGAAAACCACGAACUUCAAACACGCCCUUCAUUAUCUCGUACUGGCUGCUGGCACAGUUAACAAGAUCUUGACGAUCGAGAAGCUGAAUGCACUCUUCACGGUGCUCGAAGCCUUCGGAAACAGCAGAACGCAUAUGAAUUCGAACGCGACUCGCUUCACGCAGCUCUUCAGUCUUGAUUUCGAUCAGUCGGGUCAGAUCGCAUCUGCCUCUCUGCAAGUACUGCUGUUGGAAAAGUCGCGAAUCGGCCGACGUGCGAAUGGCGAUCCGACCUUUCACGCGGUUUAUCGCUUGCUGGCGGGCGCGGAGGGCGCGCUGAGGAAAGAGUUACACCUCACGAAUCUAGUCGCCGAGAACAAUCCCUUCGUCACGCCCUUGCAGAAGCACGAGGACAAGCAGCGGGCUAUGGUCGAGUUCAAUCGCAUCGUCGCGGCGUUCAGAAUACUCGGCAUCUCUGAGGCGGACGAAAAAGUCAUCUGGUUGGUGCUGGCUGGCAUUUAUCACUUAAGUUGUGCCGGCGCCGUGAAAGCUGGCACCAGCUCGCAGAGCAGGUGGCAAUUCGCGAGAGUUGAAUGCGCGGAGAAAGCCGCCAAUUUGCUGGGCACCACCGUCGAGGAACUGAGCCGAGUGGUGUUCUCCACGAAUGGGGGUGGUGCCGGAACGCCAAGUACUCCGAGGCCAGCUCUGAGAACACCGAGCCCGACGGAACAGGGCAAGGACGUCAUGGGGUUUGACGCGCUAGAGGGACUCCUGGUCGGACUCUACUCCGAAGUCUUCCACUGCGUCGCGGCUCUUAUUAACAAAUCCAUAUCAUCCGCUGUACAUACAGUCUCAUCUGUGCUGCUGUGUGAUGCGCCAGGUUUUCAAAAUCCUGCCUCAUGCGGCCGGCAAACCGGUGCUACUUUCGAAGAUCUUUGUCACAAUUAUUUGCAGGAACGUCUGCAAUUACUGUUUCAUCACACCACUUUGGUAGCUCCAAAGGAUAGAUACGUCCAGGAGGGCAUCGAUGUAGAUUACGAGGACGAUUACGACGAGGAUAGUAUUGGAUCGCCUCAAGGUUUAGUUUCUCUCCUGGAUCGCGGAAGCUCGCAAAGCGCAACGAUGUUGCGAACUAGUCAGAGCGAUCUUAGCGGCGGCAGACAGAUGGAACGAAAGGGAUUACUCUGGCUGCUGGACGAGGAAACCGUGUGUCCAGGAGGCAGUGACGAAACCUUUUUGGACCGUUUAUUUUCUCAUUACGGAGAUCGAGAUCACCAAAUGCUUCUAAGAAAAGCGCCAGGAAACAAUCAAUUCGUGUUGCAACAUUUGUUAGGAACAAAUCCCGUACUUUAUACUGCGACCGGUUGGCUCAAAGCCACGCGCGAAAAUCCCGUCGCCAAGAGUGCCAUUACGAUACUUCAAGAAAGCACAAGAGAACAUGUGAGCAAGUUGUUCGUGAGUGCUCGGGGUGCCGGUGUUUCCGGUGCUCUAUGCAGUUCCAUGCCGGGACUCGAAGGCUCGCAGUCCUUGAGGCGAGCCUCGAGCAUAAGAAGAACAUUCACGGCCGUGAAAAGAAAGAACGUUUGUCUUCAAGUAAAAUUCACCGUGGAUGGCCUCGUGGAGACAUUGCGAAGAACUCGCGUCAAGUUUGUGCACUGCCUUCUGCCGCAACACAAUGCCGGUUGCACCGACAAUAAGAGUCUUCUCUCCGUGAAAUCGAAUCAAAGUGAGGACACGGUCAUUAAUGUGCCUCUUCUCCGAUCGCAGAUUCGCGGCAGUCAGAUAAUCGACGCUGUUCGUUUACACAAAGUCGGAUUCCCGAAGCACAUGGCCCUAGGUGAAUUCAGACGUCGAUUCGGACUGUUAUCGAGCAACGUGAAUGCUCGUCCUGGAAGCCCCGUGACGGAUGAACGUCGCGCCGUCGAAGACAUGUUGCUUACUGUCGACGUUGAUCCUGCAUCCUAUCGAGUCGGUCAAAGCCAGAUAUUCUUCCGAUCGGGCACCCUGGAACGAUUGGAAGCUCAAAGGGACGAGAAGCUCACAGGUCACAUAAUCCUGCUGCAGGCGAGAUGCAGAGGCUAUCUGGCACGGCGCAAACUUAACACUUUAAAACUGCAAGAUCUUGCAGUGCGAUGCAUCCAAAGGAACGUGAGGAAGCUAAUGUCCGUGCGAGAAUGGCCAUGGUGGAGAUUGUACGUGAAAGUCGCGCCCUUGUUGAACGUUCAUCGGACCGAAGAUCAACUAAAAGCGCGAACGGAAGAGCUCGAGCUUCUCAGGGCGAAGGUGGAGCGCUUGGAGCAGGAACGUAAUCAUCUCAAGCACGACAAUGACAAGCUGGAAGCCAAGCUGAGCGAGAUGACCGCAGACUUCGCGGAGGAGCAUUCUACAUCGACGCUGGCGGCGGAAAGGAUUGACGCCGAGACAUCGGAGCGCCUGCGGCUCGAGCGUGAGCUGCAGGAUGUAACCGAGGCCAAUAAGAAUCUCCAGCAGACGACCGAACGGCUGGAAAUGGAAUUACUUUAUGCGAGGGCUGCCGAUUUGAACGGAGUUGUUUCUGACGGCGAGGAAUGCGAAGACGGCGGCGUUUAUAGGCAACGGUACGAGCACGCUAUCCGAGAACUUGAGUUCACGAAGAGAAAAAUGGCGCAGCAGCACGAGGACGAUCUCGAGCAACUGGUGGGGCUGAAAAAGCAAUUAGAAAAAAAGCUGGCCGACGCUUACGAAGAAGUGGAAGAGCAACGGCAAGUCGUCGGACAGUGGAAGCGGCGAGUUCAGAAACUGAACGGCGAGAUGCACGAUCUCAGACUGCUGUUGGAGGAACAGACCGCUAGGAACAAUCUUCUCGAGAAGAAGCAACGCAAAUUCGAUUCGGAGACUCAGAAUCUGAUGAACGAUCUUAGACAAGAGAAAGCGCAGCGUGAAAGAUUAGCCAGAGAAAAGGAGAUUGCGAUCGCGGAAAAAUUCACGGUGGAACAGAAUCUAAGCGACGCAAGACUAGAGAUUGAACUGAAGGAGGAAAGACUUCGCACGUUAACUCAAGAAUUGGAGGAGCUCACUUUCGGCGGUAAAACGGAAGAGGAAGUCGCGCAGCUAAAGAAGGCGAAGCACGAGCUGGAGAAACGUGCGAAGGAUCAGGAAGAGGAGCUGGACGAUCUAGCUGGUCAAGUGCAGUUGCUGGAACAGGCAAAGCUCAGAUUGGAAAUGAGUAUCGAGCAGCAACGCAAGGAGAUGCGCAAAGAGAUGCAGCAGCGCGAUGAGGAGCUGGAGGACGUUCGCGGAAACGCGCACAAAAAAGUCAAGGCUCUCGAGUCACAAUUGGAGAACGAACAUGAGGAGAGGACGAUUUUACUGAGAGAAAAGCACGAAUUGGAACGCCGUUUGGUGGCUUUAGAAGAACAAGACCGAGCCGAUCGUGCGGCGGAAGCUGAAACUAUGCAGAGGUUGAAGAGAGACCUGAAGAGGACAAAAGCGUUGCUCAGAGACGCGCAAACGAUGCUCGACAGAUCCAAGGGCGAUUCGACAGGCAAAGCCGCGUUGCGCCAAUUGAAAAAUCAAUUGGAAGACGCGGAAUGCGCUCGGGCAGUGGCGAUUAAAGCGAAACAAGCAUUGGAACAAGAACUGAAUGAAACGCAAGCGAGUUUAGAAGAAGCUAUGCGACAACGUUCCGAGGCGGAAGAGCGGGCUAAUGCGGCCAAUCGCGAAUGCUCAGAACUAUUGUCUCAAGUGGAAGAAAAUGAAGAGGAACUUGCAGAGGUCUUGAAGAAAUAUCGAGCCGCGGUGCAGCAAGUUUCCGCGGAGCAAAACCAAUUGCAAGAGGCACAAACGCAAAUCGCUGCGCUUGAGGCGGAGAAGUCAUCGCUAAAGGAUCAACUGUCGGAACUAACACAAAGAUUAGAAUCAGUGGAGCAACUCGGUGAUCCUACGGCGAACAGCCUUGCUACGAGACGCCUGGAGUUCCGCGCCAAGGAACUCGAAAGCAAGCUUGAACUGGAGCAAACGACAAGAGCACGUUUGGAGACGCAAAUAGCACGAUUGAAAGAAAGUGUCGAUAAGCUACAGACUGAAUCAGCCUUACUCAGAACAAAAGAACAGACCGCCCAGGAUACAGCAAGGCGACUACAACGAUCCUUGCGUGACGCGCGCGACGAAGCUAGCACAGCGAUAUCGCGCGAACAGGAGGCUAUGCGCGCUCGUCGCGAUAUAGAGAAAUCUUUGGAAGCCGCGGAAGCUGAAACCAAGGUUGCCAGAGAUGAUCUCAGACUAGCGUUACAGAGAAUCGAUGACUUACAGAGCGCGAUUCAGGGAGAACUCGAUUUAGACUGCAGCGAGGAAGCAACUAGCGAGAAUAGCGAUAGUGAUUGAUCCGAGCCAUCAUCGGACCUCGAGUCCGACCAGAAUGACGAAGGCAUGACUGAAUCAGGAUCAAUGAACCAGAUUGUAGAUGAACUUCCGCACACUGAAGCAUCGAACAGAAUAUAAACGUUAUAGACCGCCCGUAUUUGAUGUAUGACCGACCAUGAAAGUGACAAAUUAGGAUCAUAAUCCGGAGAGAUGAAAGACUGGCGGAAGAUUAUAGGGCGGUAUUAGCUCGCGAAUGAACGAUAAAUUUCUGCAAUGUUUUGUGCUACUCGAAUCGAAUACGGCGUUAUCGAGGGAGUUAGCGCUCAUUUUUCAUCAUAGGGAAUAAAAUCACCGCAAAGACGGAUCAAACUAGCGAAAAAAAGGCUAGUCGGUGACGAAAUCAAAGUUAUGAAGUAAAGUUCGGGCUGCAGAUUAAGCUGACGAAUUGUGCGUGACUCUAUGCGAGCGAUGUUAAAAACUUUUUAGGUGCUAACUAUGUAUAAUUCCCAGAAAAUCUCGAUGUCGUGGCUAGUUACGCACGCCGCGCCUGAUCGUGCAUCCGCGGUGCUAUAUUAUCCUGUACGUUUUUUUUUUUAAAUCGUCGACAAACAACGACGUUGUCCUUUUCCAGUCUUCCACAGGAAUUCGAGCCAUUUCAUCGCAAUUGCGAUAACUGAUGAGAAUCGCGCGCAUUGUUGCCGAACAAAAGACAAAAUAUAUUUAAUGAGAGAAAGCAUUUUUCGCGAGAGUGAACAAAGCUUUGUUCCAUUUAUUAGGAAAGCAUUAAUGAGCAUUUCGCAAUAAACUUUGCGAAACAAUAAAUUAAAAAAUUUUAAUAUUUUUAAUAUUAAAGUUACAGGACUUUAAUUUUCACAAAAUGCUUUUGUUCGACAACGUGAUGUGCUGCGCGUAUAUUUUCUCACGCAGAAUUAGCUCGAGGACGAUCUUCUCCGUAGGAAAGGACAUAUAUUUACGCUUUUUAUCUUUGCGAUUCACUGCCUAAAGGCUACGUUUCACAUUUGUAUAAAAAGGAGGGAAAAAAGAAAUGGAAAGGCAUGACAGGUACAAGGAAUGCGUGCCACGACUCGAAGUGGGGCUUUGGUUUCGUGUAAGGACUCUCGUGUAACUUAUUGCUUUGUAAAAUGCAGAUCUCCUAUUUAAUUA